AUGUAUCCUAUUAAAUUACAAAUGAUAGGACAUAUAGAAAAUGACGUAGCAUUUAUCAACCCAGCCAACGUAGUGUUCGUCUAUAUGCUUGUAAGAGAACUAGUCGAUGGAGACGAAGCUUCCGAGAGGGAACUUCGUGCAACCGUGUUAACGUGCCUCUAUUUGAGCUACAGUUACAUGGGCAAUGAGAUUAGUUAUCCUUUGAAGCCGUUCCUCGUCGAGGAUAGCAAGGAUAAGUUUUGGGAUAGGCUUGCGGAGCCGACGAGCGUGGCAGCCUAUCUGGAAGUGGCCUCGAACGGAGUCUCGUCGUCUCCGGAGUCGCGGUACCCACCAAGGCGGCUUGACGGAGCUAUACACACUUGUGGGUGCGCAUCUACCCGCACGGCUGCGACGUUACGACGCUCUGACGACGGUCGGCACGACGACGAGGAGCUGCGAUCGCAGCUUGACCCCUCCGCAUCGACCUCGGCCUCAGCCUCGACGUCGACGUUGCAACGCCAACAAGAAAUUCAGCAACACCAACAGCAACAGCAGCAGCACCAACAACAACAGCAACAACAACAACAACAGCAACAGCAGCAGCAGCAGCAGCAGCCACAAAAACAGCAUCCGAUUCAUCAGGACAUUAUAAUUCAAGGUGGUCGUUGUCCAUCGUGCGGUCAACGACGAAAAGAGGAGAUUGUUUAUACGAUCGAAGAUUUAGAUGCGAUCGAAGCACCGCCAUUGGAAUCAACGAGAACACCGCCGCCAUCGGCAAGUCGAACCUGCAGCUGCGAGGUCUCUUCGUCGGUUGUCGAUGUAUCCAUUGACGAUGGGGAUCGAGUCGAGCUUCGUAAAUAUCGUAGCGUCGAGGCAAGAUGGGCCAACACGAGUUUCCUCUCACCGGACGACGCGAUCUGGGACUUAAAAAAACAUGCAAGUGAGGGUACUGAGUUCCGUUGGGCUCUUCAUACUUCUAGCACAGACGUUGACUUGGCCAGAAAGACCAAGUGCAGUUGUCACAAUUUAACGCCCGAAGAGAAGAAACCACACGAUGGGGUACAACGAGGUGAUCUUCGAAAGCAUCACAGUGCUGAAACGGACAAGUGGUCGGUUAAGCCUGAUUAUUUGGCACCGCCGAUGCACGAUCUUAGAAAACACAGUAGCGACGAUACGAGGAUGGCACGUGAAGCCAGAUGGACUCUUCAGAUACCUGAGGUAUUACCUAAUCCAAAACCUAGAUGUACAUGUCCAAAGGCAAAGACGUUGCCACCUUCUCCGUCGCCCGUCGAGCCACCAAAGCUCGAGGAAGAAAAGUCGGAAGACAGGGUAGAAAAGGAAAUACCAAAAGAGAAGGAACAACCUGAGAGAAGGAUGGUUUAUUCGAAAUCCCUGACACCAGAAGAGGAACCAGUCGCGCCGUCACACGAGAGACCCGAACUGAAGAAACAUGCCAGCGAAGGAUCCAGAUUAAUUAAACAAGAGAAAGUAAAGGAACGACCGAAGUUGGUACGUUCUGCCCAUCAAACCAAAAGUAUACUCAGUAUAACUGGUAUGUCGAAGAAAUGGGAACAAAAGGAAACUGUUGCGAGUCCAACCGAGGAUAUUAGAAAGCCUCGUGCUAAGUGGGCAAUGAAGACGCACUUUUCGUUGCCAGCCGAAAAGAAAGAAUCGAGAUGGUCGAGAGGUGAUUCAGCUGAUUCAGGUAAAAGUAAAAGUCUAAGAGAAAGACCAAGGUAUAGUAUCCGUAGGAGUAUGUCGCCUGAUCCGGAUCCAAGGCAAAUGACAAGACUGGAGAAUAGGAUCGUACGACGUUUAAUAUCGCCAGAGAUAACGGUGACGAAUGCCAAAUGGGCACCGUACGAGGACGCUUCGCCAUUGCCAAAUGUUGGGGUUAAAAAGCGCGAGCAAAAGCAUAUCAGCGAGAUCAAAUGGACACCGUACGAUGGUUCGCCUAGUGAUGCCAGUGGUGGACCAAUCCGAGGACCUACCAUCGAGUCCGAGGAACCAAAAGAUUGGUCUCCCUUUCACAAUGUUACACCGACUCAUUGUCCACCUAUGGCAACUACGCAAACUCGUACAGAGGAAGAAGACUUUCGUUGGCGUUUUCUCAACCAAGUAUCACCCUUCCCAAUUUAUCAGGGUGCCUGGAAGGACGAAUCACCUGAGAAAACACCGAUUAAGAGAGCACCCAGUCCGAUCGAGUCUUCGCCUGUUUGGUCACCCCAAGUACCAACUACACCGGUUAAAAGACAGAGAUCGCAACAGCAACAAUUGUCGGUACAAGCAUAUUCCCCGGCUCAACAAAGGAAAAGCAUCGUGAAGGAACGCCGUGGGGCAUCCAAAAAGAAAGCCGCUCUUCGUGCCAGAUCGGAAAGUGGUUAUCAAUUGGAGGAAAGAUUAGCACUGCCGCAACACACGAUAGUUCGUGCCUCGAGCGAAGAGCCAAAAGGUAGACAGAGACCACAGUUGCUAAGAUCAAAAGCCCUUCUCGAAGUUCCAACUACGAUGGACCCUAGCAAAAGGUCAUUAAGCGAGGAGGUACCUCGUAUGCGAUCUCGUGAGUUAGCUCGUGGACCUUAUAGAGCUCGAAGCGAAGAGGUGCCUAAGUACAAAGAUCCUUGGUUCGCCAAUGAGGACGGCGAGGCCACCGAACUUCGGCAAUACGUCACGACGGUCUAACUCUCGAUUCGUUAUCGACGAGAAGCAUUUCUUUCAUUUAUCUCAUUACUCCCAUAUCUCAAUUCCUCAUCGUAUUUUUCUUUUUUUUUUUUUUUUCUUUUAAUCAAACAAAUAUUUCAUUAAUCUUAAUUUAUCAUACCCUUAUCGUAUUAAACGCAAUCCAUUUCCAUUCGCCUUUCUUCACCGAUAAAGAUUCUACGAUGAGAAUCCUGUGAUAUUUGGAGGAUGGAAAAAUAUUCUCUCUUCUUUUUCCGAUUUAUUUCUUUAUUUUUAUUUUAUUUUCUUCUUUUUAUAUAUAUAUAUAUAUUUUUUUUUUUUUUUUAACGCAACGUACAAUACCGGCAAACGGAUGGCAAUGAAAAGAAACUUCAACAAAAGGGACCUUCGAAAUAGGCAUUUUAAACUUCGUUGGCCUACGUGGAGAGGGAUUACGAUUGAGAAAAGAAAUAAAAAAAAAAGACGAAGAAAAAAGAAAGAAAGAAAGAAAGAGAAGAAAGAAAAGAAGAAAAAACCAAUAGGAAAAUCAGGAAGAGAUAUUUAAAAAAAGAAAAAAAAACAAAGAAAAAAAAACAAAGAAAUUUACGAUUCUUUCGAUAAAUCAAAGUAAAGCUGCGUACGUCACGUUAAAAUGAGGAGAGAGGGUCAAGUAUCGACGAUACUAUCGUCUAUUAUUAUUAUAUUUUAGUCUAAUAAAAAGUGCGACACGUUUACGAAUUGAUCGGACGACGAUCGUAACGUGUAUUUCUUAAGAAAUAAGAACAUUGUCGAAAUUUUACGAUGAAAUAAAAGAAGAGAAAUAUAUUCUUUUCCGUUUCACGUUUAAUCGAGCGCGCAUCAUCAUCGAUAAAUGAUGUCAAAUGUCGUCGUCUUCGUCGUCGUCGUCGAAUUUAGAAACCAAUAUCGCACUAUUAUUUCUACAAAGAACGAUAUUAGAAUCGUGUUAGAAGUGAUAUUAGAUAAUGACACAACAACAACUAAAAAAAGAAAACAAAAAAAAAGGAAAUGAAAAGAAGAAAAGAAAAGAUAAGAAAAGAUUAAGAAAAAUAAAAAGAAUAUGAAAAUGAAAAAGAAUGGAAAAGGAAAGAAAAGGAAAAAAAAAUAUAACAAAAACAAAUAACAAGAAAAAAGAUGCGAUAGUUAUUUGAACGUUUCAAGUAUAACGCUGUGAACGCGAUUAAAAAAAAAAAAAAAAAAAAAAGAAAA